GAAACGUCUUCUGCCUAGAUUAUUUCCCAGCUCUCCUGCCACCCACCAAAAAUCUCUUCCAUCAUGGGUGGUAGCUCUUCGAAGAUAGCGAUUUCCCUGCUGCUGAUUUAUCCUAUCAGCCGUGUCAUUCACAACAUUUUCUUCAGUCCACUGAGACACGUUCCGGGACCAACCAGCUGGGCAGCGACCCGUCUACCAUUCAUCCUGGCAUUGCUCCGCGGCACCAUCGUUCAUGACUUCGAGAAACUGCAUCGUAAGUACGGUCCUGUUGUGCGCACAGCGCCCGACGAGGUUAGCAUUGCCAGUGGUGAGGGCUGGACCGCCAUCUAUGCCAGCCGGCCACACGAUCGACAGUUUCUCAAGGAUCCGGUCUGGUGGCGCAGACAGCCUGGUCAACCUGAUUCCCUGUUGAGUGCGAUCAGCCCGGACAAACAUGCGCGCAUGCGAAAGCUGCUGGCAGCAGCAUUUACUCCGCGUGCGCUGCGGGCCCAGGAGGAAGUGCUACAGAGAUUCGUCUCGCUCCUCGUCGCAAGAAUUGGGGAGCAGGUAGAAGCCGCUGGUGGUAAGGCUGGCACUCAGAUCGACAUGGGACCUUGGUUCAAUUUUACCACGUUUGACAUCUUUGGAGACCUGGGCUUCGGCGAGUCCUUUAAUUGCCUGCAGGACUCCCAGUACCAUCCCUGGAUCGCGCUGCUGUUCAACAGUGUCAAGGCUGCCUCUUUCAUUGCGGCGGCACGGUAUUACCCGCUGCUAGAGUUGCUGCUCAUGAAAUGUAUCCCAAAGUCCCUGAAGGAAAAAGGCAAACGUCAUUACCAGCAGAUUGUGGACAAGGUCGACCGACGGCUUAGCUGGGAGCUUCAGCGACCAGACAUUAUGUCUCAUCUUAUCGACGAAAAUACCGGCCAAGUGGCGUUUCCGCGCGAGGAGCUCAACGCGACCUUCAUGAUUCUGACUACCACAGGCAGUGAGACCACUGCGACCGUGCUGACCGGGAUUCUAGCCUAUUUAGUGAACGGGCCGGAGAUCAUGGGGCGCUUGGUCGGCGAAAUUCGACGGACGUUUAAGUCCAACGAUGAAAUCAGCCUGUCAGCGGCUGCGGAGCUCCCUUAUCUCACGGCUGUCAUUGAAGAGGGGCUGCGGCUUUGUCCGCCCGUGCCGUGGAUGUUGCCCCGCCUGGUACCAUCCGGUGGAGAGACCGUGUGUGGUACAUGGUUACCCGCAGGGACUUCAGUUUCUCUACAGGCCUACACCUUGAACCGCGACCCAUCCCGUUUUCAUGCCGCUGCCUCCUUCUUUCCCGAGCGAUGGCUAUCAGAUGCCUCGUCCAAACCGGACUCACCCUUUUACCAUGACGACCGCCAGGCUGUGCAGCCGUUUAGUAUGGGGCCGCGAAACUGCUUGGGGCAGCACCUGGCCUGGGCGGAAAUGAGACUAAUUUUGGCGAAACUCCUAUUCACUUUUGAUUUCGAGGCCGUGGAGGGGAAACGGUUGCAAUGGGAGGAACUACGCACGUUCUUGCUGGUGGAGAAGCGACCCUUGGAGGUGCGAGUGCGACUGGCCCCAGGUUGUUAGUGUUUUGAGUGGUAUGACUACGGAAUGGUGUUGCUAAAGCCCGAGUUUCUGCUGAGGUUCCUUCUGACUGCUUCAUGCUCCUGAACCGACGCUCCCCCCUCCUUCAAGUCACCACUACCGACAGCCAAAUGAUCCUGUGAUAGCCAGCAACGUUGACUGUUACCUCUACAUUGGUACUUAAUUAUAAAUAUCAUUAGAUGGAGC